CUCCUGCAAUAGUUGGCAUUGCCACGUUGGGGAGUUAGCAUCUAAAUUGGCAGAAUGAUCGGAUGGGGAAAACUGUGGGUGUUUCUUAUAUCUUUCACUGUGUUUCCGGCGGAACUGAGAGGGGCCGUGCGACAGACUUAUUUGGACUUACCAGACAUCCGGGCGAGACUAAGUGUGGAUACUGGCAGGAUUAUCAACGGAACGGAGGCCACUUUAGGGGCCACCAGGCAUCAGGUUGGCAUUCGGAAGGCCCUCAACGACGGAUACUUUUUUGGUACUGGACAUCUCUGCGGAGGAUCACUCAUUCGGCCGAACUGGGUACUUACCGCAGCACAUUGUUUUGUGGACCAGGAUAUCUACGACGGCACUUUCGUGCCCAAGGAGGAGUUCAUCGUGGUAAUGGGUAAUUUGGACCGCUACAAUCGCACCAAUACCCUGACCUUUACAAUCGAAGAGCGUGUGAUGCAGUUGGAGAAAUUCGAUCUGUCCACUUACGACAGGGACAUCGCCCUGUUAAAACUAAAUGGCAGCGUUCCUGCAGAUCAUCCCACCAUUCGUCCGAUUUCCCUAAAUCGUGAUGUCGUUUCCGAGGGUGUUGUUUGCCAGGUGACGGGUUGGGGAAAUCGUGAGGAUGGCUAUAUCUCUGAUAUCCUGAUGACUGUCGAUGUUCCGAUGAUAAGCGAGGAGCACUGCAUUCAGGACAGUGACCUAGGGCACCUGAUCAAGGCGGGAAUGAUGUGCGCCGGCUAUCUGGAGGUGGGGGAAAAGGACGCCUGCUCUGGCGAUUCCGGAGGUCCCCUGGUUUGCCAAAGCCAAUUGGCCGGAGUAGUAUCCUGGGGCAUAAGCUGCGCGCAGCCAAGAUUGCCAGGUGUGUACACUAAUGUGUCCUAUUACUACGACUGGGUCCUGGUGAAUAUGGGAGAGGAUGACACCGGUGGUGCCAUGUCUGCCGUGGCCGAAAACCCUGCACUUUUGCUUUUUGGACUCCUUGUCCUAAAGCUAUUGAGUAGUCAUUUAUGUUAUAUCGAGAGUUAGUUCGGCCAAAGCCCUUUAUAUUUGAUGUAAAUACAAAGCCUUAUUUUUUUUCAAAAAUAA